UUACACCCACUUAUCGUCUGUGCAGCCUCCUCUGCAUCCUCCCUUCAUUGCUCCCAGGACUCGGCUACAAAUUACACAGGGUAGCACUCUUGUGCAGUUUGGAAGCAAAACAUACUUUGCUAAACUUUACAUGUUGUGGGAUUAGAAAAAAAAACAUCUCUUAAAGAGGGUGAAUGCAGCUUCAGCAGAGACGACACGACUGGAUUGAAAAAAGAAAACUGAAAAGAGUAAAUGAGGUAAAACAGUCGUUUUGUCCGUUCGAGCCACAGAAGAAGAAACGUCUGCUAAUAAAGUCUUUUCAGGAUGUUCUGGUUAUUGUUCUCCAGUCUGGGCCUGCUUGUUUUUGUUCAGAGCUUCAUAGUUGCCUUUACACUGGAAACCAGAACCCAAACAUUUGAUGAGCCUUACUAUGAGUAUGUCCCUGUUCGCCUGCAGUGGAUGUUUGCAAGACAGCUGUGUCACCAGAAGUCUGGAGCCUUAGCAGCCGUUUCCAACUCAGCAGAGAACCAAGAGCUCACAAGCUUUUUAAAAUCCUUGAACAUCUCUCAACCCGUGUGGAUUGCCAGGAAAGUCUCGACACAAUUGAAAACUUCCUCCUCAACUCUGAUUCUGGACUUCUCUGGACGCUCUGACAGGAAGCAUGCUCGUCUCCUGCACAAAUUCCCCUCCAUGGGUUCGGUGACCGUUUGCACCCAACUCCGCUUCGAUCCAAAUUACUUUGGAGUUUCCACAGUCUUCUCUUAUUCCAUCCCGUCCUACAUUAAUGAGUUCCAGCUCCAAGCAAACAUGAUCCAGGGCAAGUUUGUGCAGUUGGCUCUGCAGGUCCAUGGCGUUCAAGGGCCUUAUGAAGAUGCCUUCAGCCAUGACGACUCCUGGCACUCUGUGUGUGUUUCUUGGAGCCAGAAUGGUGGGCGCUGGGCACUAUAUACUGAUGGUCUUAUGGUCUCAAGGGGUGAAGGCCUAUACAGUACUGACAGCCUUGGCCCUGAUGGCCUUUUCAUUAUCGGCCAGGCGCAGGACACUUUUGGCUCCUUUAAGUCUGAUGAAUCAUUCUCAGGGAGCAUCACAGAACUGCACAUUUGGGAUAGAGUACUAAACAGCAGCCAAAUAUUCACCAUGGAAAAGGAGUGUUCACCCAUCUCCACUGGGAGGGAGUUCAAGUGGAGUGGAGCGGCCAUGAAAAUGGAGUCCUCCCUCAAAAAGCUGUGGGGAGACAGCCCAUGUCAAGAUUCGCUGUUGGAAUCCCUGUUGGUUGAAAGUUCUUUGCAGAAUCUAACGUUUUCAGUGGAGAUCUUUCGGAGCACUUCGUCAAAUGAAGAUUGCGGCAUCUUCGACCCUGUUAAGGAGAGCCCUGGCCUUGCAAAGUGCAACUCAAGCAGAGGAGCUGUCUGUCAGUUAAAGAAAAAAGAUUUGGAUGGUUUUAGUUUACCAAACUCACCAUUCUUCAGUAGGCUGAACAAUGAUCCCAUGACAAAACGGGUGAUAGAGGCGCUAAGUGUCAACGCCUCCUGGAACAGAGACCUGACCUUGUUGCAGCAGCUUACCAAGGCUGUCCUGAAUACAGUGGAGGCUAGUGGCCCUCCCCCCCUGACUUCCAGUGACGUUCUCUCGCUCACCCAGAUGAUUGAAAUGAUUGUAGCUAGCACUCACAAUGCAGAAACUAAUGCAGCAGGAGUCCUGGAGUCCAUUGCCACCAGCUAUGUAAAUGUUGCAAGUGUGAUGCUAGAGCCAGACAUGGCUAUACAGUGGAUGGGUCAGACGCAGGAUGGGGUAAACGUUGGACCAUUUACUAUAGUGAAGAGCAUUGAUAGCAUCACUGAAGCUCUGGCAGACUUGUUGUCUCCAGAGCGGAGAGGCUUCAGUCUUUCUACUAAGAACAUUGAUGUUCACAUGAAGUGGCAGAAACUGUCACAAGAGAGCCAGAAUCAAGUUUUCAAGCCAUCUGCAGUUGGCUCUCACAAGCCCAGCAGCAGCGGUCAUGAUGAGCUGCUUAUCCCAGACACCGAACUCCAGAGGAUAUUCACACUAGGAUGUGAGGAAGUGAUGUUUAUUCAUACCCACUACAGCCAUCUCAAUGAGAUCGUGUCAAAGGCAGAGGAGCCUGCACAGAGUCACCAAGAGAAAGAAAACAGAUUCCUCCCUGGUCUCCUGACCUCUGCUGUCAUAUCAGCCACUGUACGUGAUGCCUCAAAGGCCCAAACCAUCCCUGUUGCCAUCCAGUACACUCUUUCUUCUUCUCAUGUGGUGGAGUAUUCACAGAGAGUUUCUCCUGUGUGUGCCUUUUGGAAUUUUAGCCUGAUACAUGCUCAUACAAGUAGCUGGUCCAGUGAUGGCUGCUCUGUCAUCUUUGUCAGCUCAAGUGUCACGUCAUGCUAUUGUAACCACACCACCAACUUUGCAGUACUGAUGAAUUACUUGCCACCUCAGUGGAGUCCUGAAGAAGAGCUCAUUUUGACGAAGCUUACAUUCAUCGGUUCUGGUGCCUCUCUGUGUGCACUCGUGGUGACAUUGAUGCUUUUCACUGUUCUGGAUAUUCCCAAAUCAGAUAGGACAUCCAUCCAUAAGAACCUGUUCAUUGCUCUGAUUUGCGCUCAGGUGAUUCUGCUCUGCAGCGGCACAGCUAUUCACAACAAGGUGGCAUGUACACUUGUAGCAGCCCUCCUUCAUCUCUUCUUCAUGGCAGCUUUUAGCUGGAUGCUGGUGGAGGGUCUGCUGCUCUGGAGCAAGGUGGUUGCAGUCAACCUAAACGAGGAUCAUCAUAUGAAGUAUUACUAUCUCAUCGGUUGGGGUCUGCCAGUGCUGAUAGUCACCAUCACGUUAGCAUCAGCCUCAGGCAAAUACUCAGCUGAUGGCUACUGUUGGCUCAGUGUUCAGAAUGGCAUUAUCUGGGGUUUCGCUGGACCGGUCAUCUUCAUAAUUAUGGUUAAUAUCUUGGUACUGACCAGGGUGGUCAUGGUUACCAUCUCCACAGCAAAGAGAAGGUCCAUCAUGUUGGCCAUUGGCAGCAGUCCUGUGGAGCAAGCCUAUGAGCAAAUCAGGGCUGCAGUGAAAGCAGUGCUGGUGUUGCUGCCGAUCCUCGGACUGACAUGGUUGUGUGGCGUUUUGGUACCUUUCUCCAUUGUCAUGGCCUAUAUCUUCAUUCUUCUUAAUUCUCUACAGGGCUUGUUCAUCUUUCUGAUAUAUGGGGUGUACAACACAGAGGUUCGGAGUACGGUUAACAGGAUGAAGGAGAGAAGAAAAGCGCUUAAUUUUUCAAAUUGUGCCAGCUCCCGACCAUCAAGCUCAGUUACCAACUCUCGUCCUGUCAGUUUCCCACUUGGACAAACUCAAAGCCAGGAUGAGGAGUCAUACCCAUGCACCAACUCACCAGGCCUGGGGAUGGAGGAUGAGAGAACCAGGGGUCAUCAGUCCAUUCCCUGUGUUUCAGAAAAGUCCCUAAUCCAAAUCUCCAAAGGCACUCAUCUGGAUAGAAAGGACUCUCCUCCUGCAGAAGUGGAUGCCUUGCCAUCAGGUUGUAAUCUUCAUGUUCCCAUGGAGCUUGAGUUUUCAGCUUCCUGUUUCCCUUGUGGUCCUGAAUCUCUGAAAAGUUAGCGUCUUGUUAUGUAGACUGAGUUGGCUUGUGUGAUAAUGAUUUCUUUUUUUCUUUUUUGGAUUUUUUUUUUAUUGUGACCCUUUCUGUUGUUUUUUUGUUAAAUAUGGUGCAGUGUUUAAUCUUUUUCAUCAUUGCCCAUUUUAAUUAUGUCUCUUCUGUUACAUUCCUUUGUACUUUGUAUUAUAGUUCGAGUGAACAAAUGCUCUGUCUUUAACAUUUAUUUGUAAGUAUAAUCCCUCAAAUGAGUUUCUAACCAGACCUUAGAUUUUAAACUUUUGCUUGAAGGAAAUUGUUUUUGUUUAAUAAUUAAUUUGUUGUGUUUUUCUUUGUGUUUCAUGGCCUUUUGCUGUACAGUUAAUUAGUCAAUAUAUGGUAGAACUGAUUAACCAAUAAUAUUUGUGAGCUAUUUUGUAAAAUACACACUGUGAAACUGUGAUGUUUCCAAUUUAAUUCACUGAUCACAUGAUCAAAUAUUUAUACUAUAUAAAUAUUAGUUUCAGCUGUAAGAUAUUGGCCAGAAUGCAACAAAAAGUAACAUGAAAACUGACAUCUGCCUGUAGGUUAUUAUUAUUAUUAAUGUCAGAAUAAUAAUAAUAAUAAUAAUAAUAAUUAAAUGUUUUUCUAUAGGCUUUGUUUUUGUAAUUGCAUGUUGGGAAUUCUUUAUAUCAUAUUAAACAUUAAUUAGAUUCAAUCAAAGUGGGU